AUGGGAGUCCCCAACCACAACCUCGAUGCUCUCGAGGAGCAGCGGCUCGCGCUUGAAGAAAACAUCCUCCAACUUGAGAAAUCACUCUACCACUGGCGAAUCUGGGAAGCGGAGUACGACGGAGUCCGCGAAGAGAUCAGUAAUCUCAAAGACGAUGCCUCCACACAUGACUUCCUCGCUGUAGCUUUGGAAUUCGGCGGCACCUUGGUCGACGAGAAGGAAAUGCAUGCCAUCCUUGGAUCGCAAGGAGUGGUGCGGUCUCGCGGACAAGUGGUAGAUCUUCUCGGCCGACGGAUCGAUUACGUGAAGCAGAAUGUAGCGACCAUUGAAAAGAGGCUACGGAAGGCCCAGGACGAGCGGGACGUGCUGGAUAUGGAGGACGUUCCUGUGGUUCAAGGCGGCGCGGAUUUCCCCAUGCAGGAGAUUAUGGAGGAACUUGACGAAGAUGGAAAUGUCGUCUCGAGUUCUAUCAAUACCCCGGGAAACCAGGCGACGGAGCUGUUGGACGUAUUGAAAAAGGCUGGUAUCAAUGAUAUUCCGGAAAAUGAGAAGACUGAGAAGACUACUGCUCCUGCCGAAGCUACAGUGGAGAAAUCUUCUGGUAAGCCAGAGAGCUCAAAAGCCGCAGAGGAGCAAAAUGGUUCCUCGAGUCGCCAAGGUUCAUCCCCAUUGCCGAACGGCGUCUCCGCCAACGAGAUAGAUCUCACCCAGCCUCAAUCUGUUGUGACCGAUGAAGAUCGCAAGCAACCGCCUGUCACCGAUGUGGAUGAAUCCCUCGAAGAAGCCAAACUCCGCCGUGAAAUGCUAGAGUAUGGAAUCAACGAGGUGGGAGCCAUUGUCGCAGAGUUGGAAAUGGACGAGUCUGGAAGCGAGAUUUCAUUUGACGAAGAAUACGAUUAUGAUGACGAUUAUGAGGAUGGUGAAGAUCAGUGGGGCCGAUCUCGCCCCAAUCUGACAGCAGACUAUCAUCGGGAGAUGAUUGAGCUGGAAGCUAAGCUCAAUGCCAGAGGCUUGAUGAACAUGGGCAAGGACACUCAGACCUUCCCUGAAGAAAUCCAGCAAGAGAUCGAGAACCCUACCGAAGGUCCGACUGAGGAAUCUGCCAAGGAGAAGAAACCCAAGAAGCGAGUUGCAUUCGCAGAUGAUCUUGACAUCGCACCGGCCCCAACACCCCCGGCGGCAAUUGAGAAAGUGGCUCCUCCACAAGAUGAACCUCCAGUGCUUGUUGAUGCCAUCGUCGAACGGACAAGUCGCGUUCAAGACCCAGAGCCAUCCUCGACAACACCAGCUGUGCCCAAGAAGACCUCGCGAUUCAAGAGUGCUCGAACCGCUGCUCCAGGUACCAAUGAGGCAGUGACCACCGGGGCCACAACCGCAAACCCCUCCCAGGUCACCGAAUCUCGCAUUCGCAAACAAGCCAAUACGACUCCAUCCGCGGCACCACCUGUUCUCUUCCCAGCCACACCCAAAGAGCCCAAACCCUUCUCCGCACCCAUAACCGACAUUGUUGAGAAGCCUUACGCGCCCCAACCGCCCCAAGACCGCACCCUAGCCGAGAAGAUAUUUGAGAGAGAGGUCAAAACAGGCGCUGCCAAGGCCCCCGAGUUGGAUCACUAUGAUGAAGAGCUUCACCAGAAGCAGAUUGCGACAGAGUUCUUCAAUAUGCAAAACCGCAUGAACGGAUCCAAAAAGCAAGAACAGCAACAAGUCUUCCCCCCUGACCCAGAAGAACCACCCAAGCGAGUGAGCAAGUUCAAAGCAUCACGACUUGGAUAG